GAAGCGGAGACGCAGGCAACUGGGUCUGUAAGAACUGAGGUUGAGGUGUUAACUGCGGUCUUGGCGGAAGAAGUGAGGCGGCCGCCGGGCCAGUGAAGAUGGUGUUACUAACAAUGAUCGCCCGAGUGGCGGACGGGCUCCCGUUGGCCGCCUCCAUGCAGGAGGACGAGCAGUCUGGCCGGGACCUGCAACAAUAUCAGAGUCAGGCUAAGCAACUCUUUAGAAAGUUGAAUGAACAGUCCCCUACCAGAUGUACCUUGGAAGCAGGAGCCAUGACUUUUCACUACAUUAUUGAGCACGGGGUGUGUUAUUUGGUUUUGUGUGAAGCUGCUUUCCCUAAGAAGUUGGCUUUUGCCUAUCUGGAAGAUUUACACUCAGAGUUUGAUGAACAGCAUGGGAAGAAGGUGCCCACUGUGUCUAGACCUUAUUCCUUUAUUGAGUUUGAUACCUUCAUUCAGAAAACCAAGAAGCUCUACAUUGAUAGUCGUGCCCGGAGAAAUCUAGGCUCCAUCAACACUGAAUUGCAAGAUGUGCAGAGGAUCAUGGUGGCCAAUAUUGAAGAAGUGUUACAGCGAGGAGAAGCACUCUCAGCAUUGGAUUCAAAGGCUAACAAUUUGUCCAGUCUGUCCAAGAAAUACCGCCAGGAUGCGAAGUACUUGAACAUGCGUUCCACUUAUGCCAAACUUGCAGCAGUAGCUGUGUUUUUCAUCAUGUUAAUAGUGUAUGUGCGAUUCUGGUGGCUGUGAAGUAGUGAAACCAGUUACUGGUAAGGGAGAACCUAAAACCCAGCAGGUGUAUGUUUUCAGGAAGCUGAGCUCACAGAGAUGUGUAUUAGAAUCCAAGUGGAACCUCUGCCUUUAAAGACCUUACAAGAAAAGACAUGUCCUGAAAAUGAAAGAUUACGCCUCACUUAAUGAAGCUUAACCCUACGUGGAAGUCUCUUUUGGGGACAGAGGCUUUCUCUGGGUGCUAAGCCAUAUGUUUUAGGGAACAGUAGAUUGUUUUACUCUGUUUUUUUCCCUUCCCAGUUCAUUUUCAAAACAUCGCUGAGUGGGGUAUUCUCAUUCUGCAAUGGAGCCAUCACUGAGAUUUAAAGUAGCUCACCUGUGCUAGCAAAUUCUGAAAUUCCUUCAAAGAAGGCAGCCCUUUGGGAAGCUUUUUGAUUUUAAUCAACAUUCCUUUUGUUGGUGACAUUAGUGAUUUUCAGUAAUCUGAGCUUUUAAUGGCCUUCCAAACAAGACUCCAAGUAUGUGAAGGUUAAUUGCUAUGCUGCACAGAUCCUGUCUGUUGGCCCCUGUAGGAUGUAAACCUUUGUUAUUGUCCUUUCAUAGUUUGCUUAUUGCACAGUUGCUUGAGGGUUAAGUGAAUUAUAUGGAGAUGCCUUGAAAUUAUAUAGCACUCCUUGACUAAGAAACUAAAUUUUUUCUCUCAUUUACUCCUUAAACAAAAGAC